AUGGAUCAAUGGCAGGGCUACCCAGAAGCGGCCGGCGCUUCGCAGCGGAGGUACAACGGCAACGGACAGCGAGACUAUGGCCAGCACCCCAGCCAGGUCCAACAGUCCCCCGGGGGUUUGAGAUACGACCAGUACGGGAACCUGACCCAAAGUAGCGCAUCGUCGCCCAUGUCCACCCCGCAGUUGCGCGACGGCAACGGCGACGUCCCCAUGGCCGACGCCCACGAUGCCUACGGCGCCAUGAAGUACCCCAUGCGCCCCCAUCACCAGACUCAGCUCUCUGGCGGCCGUCCUGCCGCUAUGAACCUGCACUCGUCAGAGCCCUCGGCCGCCGCCCAGCGCUACUCGCCCAUGGAGGUCCUCUCCCCAACCUCGCCCUACCCGCCCAAGUCGGCCGGCGGCCAGUUCUCGCCUCAUCGACAGUCGCCCACCCGAGCCGGUAGCGAUUACGCCUCGAGCCCCUACUACAACAGCAGGCAAGGCUCGCAACUGCCGCCUCUCGCCUCUUAUCAGGACGGUCAUCAAUCGUCGACUGUGUCCGCACUCGACGGCGCCGUUAACGACCCCAAGUCGCCCAGACGCGGGUACCAGCCGGCCGGACCGCCGGAGCUGCGACCUGUGCCGGAGUUCAAGAAGGUCAGAGGCGUCAAUGACCUGAGGCCCAAGGUCAACAACCAACCGGCUUUUCGCAGGGCUGACCCGGAGGGAGGCUUCAUCAGCCCCCUCAAAGCUCUUACCACGCAACUACCAGCAACAUAUCGCAUCUGCAACCCCAGUUUCAAAUACGAAUCGUCUCGCAACCCACGCCGCGUGCUCACCAAGCCGAGCAAGGGAGUCAAGAACGAUGGAUACGAUAAUGAAGACAGCGACUACAUUUUAUACGUAAACGAUAUCUUGGGCUCGGAAGAGGCAGGACACAAGAACCGUUACCUGAUCCUCGACGUGCUAGGCCAGGGUACUUUUGGACAGGUCGUCAAGUGUCAGAACUUGAAGACCCAGGAGGUUGUGGCCGUCAAGGUCAUCAAGAACAGGACGGCGUACUUCAACCAGAGCAUGAUGGAGGUCUCGGUUCUUGACCUGCUCAACACCAAGCUGGACAAGAACGACGAUCAUCACUUGCUGCGGCUCAAGGACACCUUCAUUCACCGACAGCAUCUCUGCUUGGUCUUUGAACUAUUAAGCGUCAACCUUUACGAGCUUAUCAAGCAGAACCAGUUCCGCGGGCUUAGCACAACUUUGGUUAGGGUCUUCGCCCAGCAGCUGCUUAAUGGGCUUGCCUUGUUGAACAAAGCCCGCCUCAUUCAUUGCGAUCUGAAGCCAGAAAACAUCCUGCUGAAGAACCUGGAGAGCCCGAUCAUCAAAAUUAUUGAUUUUGGCUCGGCAUGUGAUGAGAGACAGACCGUUUACACCUAUAUUCAGUCCAGGUUUUACAGAUCUCCCGAGGUCCUGCUCGGUCUCCCCUACUCAUCCGCAAUCGACAUGUGGUCGCUCGGCUGUAUCGUAGUCGAGCUGUUCCUCGGAUUGCCCUUGUUCCCUGGAUCUUCGGAGUACAACCAGGUCUCGCGAAUCGUCGAGAUGCUCGGCAACCCUCCGAACUGGAUGAUUGAGGUCGGUAAGCAGGCCGGUGACUUUUUCGAGAAGCGCCAGGAUGAGUUUGGUCGCAAAACGUAUCAUCUCAAGAGUAUGGAGCAGUACUCUAGAGAGCGCGGUACCAAGGAACAACCAAGCAAGAAGUACUUCCAAGCCAACACGCUCCCGGAGAUCAUCAAGUCUUACCCAAUGCCGCGGAAGAACAUGAAGCAGAGUGAAAUCGACAGAGAGAUGAAUAAUCGAAUCGCUUUCAUCGAUUUUGUCAGGGGCUUGCUGACGAUCAGCCCUCUGGAGAGAUGGUCGCCUCAGCAGGCCAAACUCCACCCCUUUAUCACCCAGCAGAAGUUCACUGGUCCAUUUGUACCGCCGAUGAACUUGAAGGCCAGCUCUCUGAACCGGACGCCAGCUCCCGGGACCCAGCAGCAGCAGCAAGCGGCUGAACUUAGCAAGCAAAGGGCGCAAGCAGCACAAGCCCAGGCUCAGGCCGCGGCGCAGGGAGCUUACUCCAUGCAACAAAGUCCAGGAUAUCCCCAGUCACCCCACGGACAGCCCUCCAUGUAUCCUAACAACAUGUAUUCGCCUGGGGGCUCUCACGUUGGUGCACCACCUGCCUACGGCACACCCCAACAAGGGGGUUACGGCCAGAUGGUCAUGGGCCAACAACCCGCCCAAAUGCCCGCCGCCAACUACGCAGGUGUGCCGGCGCAACCCAACCUGUACCAGCAGGCUACCGUCCGAGCUGGCCGGCAGCGUGCCUCGACCAUGGAUCAGCAGCAGAAUGGAAUUCCGGCUACCAUCCAGAGGGUUGCCAGCCACCUUGACCCGAACCAACCCAUCCGGCUUCAGCCCAGCCCGGCAUACUACCCACCGCCUGCCGAUGGCAUGGGCAUACCCGACCCCGGUGCGGGUAGAGUAGCCGGGAGGAGAGACAGCAGGGCACAGCGCGGUGGCGCCAGAGGCAACCGCGACUUUAUCCGCAACCUGGAGGAGCGAACACUCGAGGAGGGAUUCAUGGGAAGCGGUCAGAGUCCUUGGCAUUGA